ACUGCAGCAGCAACGGCUGCAGCAGCGCUUGCGGCUCGCGCGGCAUCUGCAGCAGCAGCAGCGACAGCGGCAGAUGCAGCAGUGGAAGCAGGAGCAGGAGCAGAAGCAGCAGCACAUCCUGCAGCAGCAGCAGCGACAGAUGCCGCAGCGGAUGCACGAGCAGGAGCAGAAGCAACAGCACAUCCUGCAGCAGCAGCAGGAGCAGCAGCAGCGCCAGAUGCAGCAGCGGGAGCAGGAGCAGAAGCAACAGCAGCACAAUAA